AUGGACCCCACUGACCACAACAUCAUGCUCAUGCAGAUGAUGAAGGGAUUCAGCAACACAGCACAGGAAGCAGGAACACAGGUGACCAGAGGCCAGACCAUGAUCAAUGCCUGGCCAUUGAUUGGUGAUGCUGCUGAAGGUGAUGUGGUGGUACUCACUAAGCCACUGGGCAUUCAGCUGGACAUCAACCUCAAUGAGUGGAUUCACAAUCUGGAGGUGCUCAACAGCCAUCUGGCAUGGAUUGUUGGCCACAUCAUCACCAGCUCCAACACCACCCAUAUUGUCAAUGACUUCACCAUCAUUUAA